CAGGAGCUGGAGCCAUGGCUCAGCUGGGCUCGCGGGCCGUCCAACUUGGCCCGCCGCGGCUCCCUUGAGCGCUUCUAUGGGGGAUCCCCCGCUCGGCGGGAGUAGCCGCGGGCCCCAGCAGCUCCAAGCCCCCAGCGCAGGCGCGCCCUGAUGGAGCCGGAGGGAAGGAAGAUCUCGGUGUGGAUCUGCCAGGAGGAGAAGCUGAUCUCGGGGCUUUCUAAGCGCACCACUUGCUCGGAUGUGGUGCGGGUGCUACUGGAGGACAGCAAGCAGAGCCGACGGCGGAGGCAGCAGCAACAGCAGCAGCAGCUAGCGUCGUUGCAGGAGUGCGGCGGGGGGAUGCUGUCGGGGGCCCCGCAGUCUUACUGCAUCGUGGAGAAGUGGCGCGGCUUCGAGCGGAUCCUGCCCAACAAGACCAAGAUCCUGCGGCUCUGGGCCGCCUGGGGGGACGAGCAGGAGAACGUGCGCUUCGUGCUGGUGCGCAGCGAGGCGUCGCUGCCCAACACGGGCCCGCGCAGCGCCGAGGCCCGCGUGGUGCCCAGCAAGGAGAGCCCCUGCCAGCAUGGCUUGGCCACGGCAGCGGCGCGGGCCAGCCUGGCGCUGACCCAGGAGCGGCAGCGGCGCGUGGUGCGCAAGGCCUUCCGCAAGCUGGCCAAGAUCAACAAGCGCAAGGGGCAGCCGCCGCAGCCCGACGAGCCGCCGGCCAAGGAGGCGCCGGCGGCCGAGAGGAUGGAGACGCUGGUGCACCUCGUGCUGUCGCAGGACCACACCAUCCGGCAGCAGGUGAAGCGCCUCCGCGAGCUCGAUCGCGAGAUCGACCGCUUCGAGGCCAAGAUCCACUUCGACCGCAUGAAGCGCCACGGCGUCAAUUAUGUGCAGGACACUUACCUGGUGGGCGGUGGCGACACGGAGGUCCCCGACGGCGGGGAGGAAAAGGAAGAGGAACCCCAGGGGUAUGUGGACGCGGCGACCCUCGACGGCGACUUGGAGGAGUACGCCCGGAAGUGCGAGGAGGUGGAGCUGCUGCAGGAACAGUGGCGCCGCCAGGAGGAUCUGCUGGAGCACUUGGCCAGCGAGAUCCAAGAGGAGCUGAACGAGCGUUGGAUGAAGCGGCGACGGGAGGAGCUGGCGGCCGCCAAGGGCUCCAGCGCCAGCCUCUCCGAGACGGACUGCAACACCACCGAGCUGGUGGGCGGCGGCGGCGAGCUGCACGUGGAGCAGGAGCGCGUCAAGACGCAGCUGAGCACCAGCCUCUACAUCGGGCUGCGCCUCAGCACCGACCUGGAGGCCGUCAAGGCCGACCUGGACUCGACGCAGCGCGCCUGGGCCGACAAGGAGAGCGAGCUGCAGCGCCUCCUCGACACCAUCCGCUCCCUCGACGUCCAAGAGGAGACGGGCGGCGAGCUCGAGCCGGAGGCGCCCCCGUCUCUUCAGCUCCCCGUCGAAGACGUCGACGGUGGCCAGCUUCCCCCCGACCCAGCCCCGAUCACCGCGGAGGUGUGGAGGGAGCAGGCUGCGCGCGGCUUACGCAAAGACUGCGACGACAACGACGAGGAUUCCGACACGGGCUUGAGCUCCAUGCACAGCCAGGACUCGGACUCGCUGCCCGUUUGCGAAUCCCUGGUAUAGCGGCGGCCUCCCCAACCCCCUCCACAUGUCAUCUCAGGGACCGCAGAGUUGGGCUUUCCCUCGGGUUUUUAUUAUUAUUAUUAUUGUUUGUUUGUUUUGUCUUUUGCAAGAUGCCCAGACGGGGAGUUCCUGGAUCUCUCCGCUUUCCCCUCCCAACAAAGAUCUAUUUUUCAAAACGACUCAACGAGGCGCAUGCUUUCAUUCUGAUAAAAUAUAAUAAUAAAACUCAUGUUUGUAGUUAA